UUGUUGGACGAGUAUGUGGCUAUCUGUAAUCCAAGAGUUUAGUCCGAACUUCUUUAGAUAAAAGAGGGUGAACUCUGGGUGGGCGUGGCUUGGCGGUACUAACCGACACCCAGAGAGAUCUUUGGAAAAGGGAGCUUUACUCUUAGCUCAGGAUUCGGCCAUAGCGCUGAGGGGCGGGAGCGCGGAAGCUGGGGAGUUGGGGGCGUGAUCCUUGUAGCCGGUCUGACAGCACUUACACCUGGUCCGGGCCGGCGAACCGCUGUCCUUCCACGAUGUGGCUCUGUGUUUUAGUCCUGGCCUCUCUUGCCGCUUCCACGGCUGGCGGGCACCCAGCGUCACCACCUAUAGUGGACACCGUGCAAGGCAAAGUCCUGGGGAAAUACGUCAGCUUAAAAGGAUUCACCCAACCUGUGGCCGUUUUCCUGGGAAUCCCUUUUGCCAAGCCCCCUCUUGGAUCCCUGAGGUUUGCUCCACCGCAGCCUGCAGAGCCAUGGAGCUUCGUGAAGAACACCACCUCUUACUCUCCCAUGUGCUCCCAAGACAUAAUGGCGGGGCAGGCGAUCUCAGAGCUCUUCACCAACAGGAAGGAAGAGAUUCCUGUCAAAUUUUCUGAAGACUGCCUUUACCUAAAUGUUUACACUCCGGCAGACUUGAAGACGAAAAGCAGGCUGCCGGUGAUGGUGUGGAUCCAUGGAGGUGGUCUGCUGAUAGGCGGGGCAUCAACCUAUAAUGGACUGGCCCUCUCUGCCCAUGAAAAUGUGGUGGUGGUCACCAUUCAGUACCGCCUGGGCAUCUGGGGAUUCUUCAGCACAGGGGACGAACACUGCCGAGGAAACUGGGGCCACUUGGACCAGGUGGCCGCACUGCACUGGGUCCAGGACAACAUUGCCAAUUUUGGAGGGAAUCCAGGCUCUGUGACCAUCUUUGGAGAGUCAGCAGGAGGUGAAAGUGUCUCUGUUCUUGUUUUAUCUCCCCUGGCCAAGAACCUCUUCCACAGGGCUAUUUCUGAGAGCGGCGUGGCCCUCACUCCUGUCCUGGUCAAGGAUGCCAGCAAGGACCUGGCUGAGCGAAUCGCUGUCACUGCUGGCUGUAAAACCACCACCUCGGCUGUCAUGGUUCACUGCCUGCGCCAGAAGACAGAGAACGAGCUCUUGGAGGUGACACUGAAAAUGAAAUUUUUUUCUCUCGACUUACUUGGAGACCCCAGAGAGAGCUAUCCUUUCCUGCCCACUGUGACUGAUGGAGUGCUGCUGCCCAAGAGACCUGACGAAAUUCAGGCUGAAAAAAAAUUCAACACUGUCCCCUACAUUGUUGGAAUCAACAAGCAAGAGUUUGGCUGGCUUCUUCCAACGAUGAUGGGUUAUCCACUCUCAGAAGGCAAACUAGACCAGAAGACGGCCACGGAACUCUUGUGGAGAUCCUACCCUGUUACUAACAUCUCUAAAGAACUGACUUCUGUGGCCACUGAGAAGUAUUUAGGAGGAACAAACGACCCAGUCAAAAAGAAAGACCGUUUCCUGGAUUUGAUUGGAGAUGUGGUAUUUGGUGUUCCAGCUGUGAUUAUGGCCCGUCGCCACAGAGAUGCUGGAGUCCCCACCUACAUGUACGAGUAUCAAUAUCGUCAAAGCUCCUUAGCAGCCAUUAGACCCAAAACAGUGAUAGCAGACCAUGGGGACGAACUCUUCCUAGUCUUCGGGGCACCGUUUUUAAAAGAGAGUAACUCAGAAGAUGACAUCAAAGCCAGCAAGAUGAUGAUGAAAUUCUGGGCCAACUUUGCUCGGAAUGGGAAUCCCAAUGGAGAGGGGCUGCCCCAUUGGCCAGAGUAUGACCACAAGGAAGGGUACCUGCAGAUUGAUGUCACCACCCAGGCAGCCCAGAAGCUGAAGGACAAAGAAACAGCUUUCUGGACCGAGCUCCUGGCCAAACAGGCAGCAGGAAAGCCGCCCCAGAUAGAACACAUUGAGCUGUGAACAGAAGGCCCAGCCAUCCUCAGGAGCCUGAAGGAGCCAAGACAAGGGUGUUCUACAGAAGAUGUUUGCAGGCCAGAGAAGCACCUUAUUGUGGAGACUGAAGAUUUGUCUGGCGGGAAGAGGAGGAGGCCAAGGAGAGGGAAUUUUUAUACAUGUGGCCUCAAUUUGGGAAAUAAAUGUUCUUUUGGAGACCAAAACAA